ACGAACAUGGCGCAGAUUGAUCGCUGCUGAGGACCUAGACGAUAACAACAAAAGAAUUUUUCUUCAUAAAGAUCGAUUUUGUACAAUGCACGUGUGAAAUGGUCUCAAUCUCGGAUUGGAUCGCUUCUACGGCUUCGUUGAUGACUAAACAGCGAUCAGGAUUCAGGAAUACAUUCAAGGCCAUUCAUAAACAUUUCUAUAGGACUUCAAACCCCUGAGUGAUUUCGGAUAUUUAAACAUUUUUACUCUGUUGAGGGAGGAUUACAGUUAAGUAUGGCCGGAGAAGUGGGAACUGGGAACAAUCUGCCGGAGGGCAUAGAGAGAUUAAAAGAGGAACACAGAGAGGUGGUGAAAGACUGCAAAAGUCAGAUAGCACACUGGAAAAAGGUGGAGAAUGAUUAUAACAGUCUGCAGGAGCGCCUCACCACCUUGCCCGAUAAGCUUUCUUAUGAUAUAAUGGUACCAUUCAGCUCUUUGGCUUUCAUGCCUGGGAAGCUGAUUCACACCAAUGAGCUGACAGUUCUUCUGGGUGAUAACUGGUUUGCAAAGUGCUCGUCUAAGCAGGCCCACAAACUGGUAGAACACAGAAAGAUAUAUGUCAAGAAUAAACUUGAUGAUUUGCACAAAACAAUGAAAAACUUUCAGGACAGAGCUGGAUUUACUGAAAAUCUUGAACGGAUGACUGGUGACACAGGGGAUUUUAUUGACAUCAGAGAAGAAGUUGGAAAAGAGAAAGUAGUUAACAAAGGUAAGCAUCGGAUGGCCCAUAUGCCCAACUCUAAGCCUAAGGAGGAAUAUGUGGUGCAGCUAGAGGAAGAAACAAGACAAAAUGGUGAAAGCUUUAAAGAAAAACUGUCUGAGGAGGAGCUGUGGGCUCGACUUGAUGAGCUGGAUCGGUUGGAGGAGGAGCAGGAUGAAAGAGACAGGCUAGACAGCACUGAUACUAACGGAGAGGACACGACUUCCUCCUCCUCCUCAUCAUCAGAGGAAGAGAAGGAGGCAGAUUCAGCCGAGUCAUUCAAGGUUAAUGGUCACGAGGACCAUGCUCCUGCCUCUCACACAGACCAGGUCAAUGGCAUCAUACCACACCUUAAUGAGGAUGAGCAAGAUGAAGACAUAGCUGAAAUGGAAGAAAGCAAUGGUCUGCCAACUAUUUACUUCAAUCACACAGUGGAGCCUAAAAAGGUGCGAAUAAACACAGGAAAGAACAUGACUCUGAAGUUUAGUGAGAAAAAAGAGCAGAAAGAACAAGCCAAGCGGAAGAAGAAGAAUGGCAAAAGCAAUGGCCACAACCUUCAUGAACAUCAUAAAAUCACAACUCCAUCUGAUAUCUACAGGGUAUUUGUGGACGUGGUGAAUGGUGAGCCAGUCCCGAGAAAAUCGAUUUUAAAAUCACGCAGCCGGGAGAACAGUGUGUGCAGUGAUACCAGUGAGAGCAGCACAGCUGAUUUUGAGGAGCGUCGCGCUUUUGUUAACCGUUCACUCAGCCAUGAUGAUGCCACUCACAGUGACGGCAUAACCGAAGAGGACAGUUCAGCUAACAUAAGCCUUUACCCUAAUGGCCGAUUUGAGGCAUUUUCAGGCACAGUGAUUGAGAAGGAUCCACUGCCCUCAGUGAUACCUCACCUGACCAUCGCAGCUCCUGCUCUACCAACAAUACCUGAAAGAAAGCAAGAAGAGCUGGGCUUAGAACCAACCCAGGAGCUGCCAAAGAGGGUGUCAAAGUUUAAAGCUGCCCGGCAGCAACAGAAGUGAUUCCCUUGAGAUCAAACAGUUCCUUUUUCAAUUCUUUUUGAACGACUGUAAUACUAGGCGUGACUUUAGUUCUACACUUUCGUCCUGCUGCUCUCUUUGUCGCUCUGUACUGCACUUCUGUGCCAUCUUUUUUGUGCCAGUUCAGUCAGUUUCAACUAAAUAUACUUUGUUCUAUGCGUUUUUAUAAAUUAUUCUGUUAUGAAACGGUCAUGCCAGUAGGAGGAGUUGCUCUGCACAACUGUUUGGCCUUUUCUCUGCUGAAUUAGCAGUGCACAUUUUAAACUGAGACUAAUCCACCUAUCUCCUUUCACACUUAUGUACUACCUUCGCUUUGUGUAUUUCUCUAAAGCGCAUACAUGAUCAAUGUGAAUGUAAGAGUAGCUUUAGGAAUAUCACUGUCCCAUGCUACACACAUGCUCUUAUUUGAUAAGGUUAUUAUUAAAGGGUGCAGUGAUUAAAGUGCUGCUUUGAUGAUCUGUCUCAUUAAGGUGUUUUGUAGAGUUAAAAAAAAGUUUAAAAAAGUAAUUUGUUGUGUUUCCAGUUUUUGAAUGUAGACAAGGUUUUGUGAUUGAAUACACAUGUUAACAGAAAGAAAAAUAAAUUAAUUUGCCUAUUAAA